UCCAAAAUCACAGCAGAAGAGAGAGAGAGAAAGAGGAGAGAGAGAAGAGAGAGACCAUGGCCUCCGCCGUCGUUUGCAAGGGCGAGGGUGCCGCGCCGGCGGCCAGCCUCCUCAAGUCCGCUGCUCCCGUGGCCUUCGGCGCGGUCCACUCCCCCGCCGUCGCCGCCGCCCGCCGCCCGUACAACACCCGGGUCAAGGAGGUCAGCCGCUACGACGACGACGACGACGACUACAGCGGUUGCGACCUCGUCAUCCCCAGCUUCUUCUCGCAGGACGUGCUCGACCCGCUCGGCGCGCCGACCAGCAUGGCCCGUCUGCUGUCUCUGAUGGAGGACGUCGCAACUCAGAACGGCAGCCUCUCCUCCACUGCUGGUGCUGGGGCGUCGCGGCUCUGACGCUGGGUGGCCAAGGAGGACGAUGACGCGGUGUACCUCAAGGUGCCGAUGCCGGGGCUGACCAAGGAGCACGUGAAGGUGCGCGUGGACAAGAACAUCCUGGUGAUCGAGGGCGAGGGCGAGAAGCAGCCCUGGGACGGCGACGACGACUCCGCGGUGCCAAGGUACAACCGCCGCAUCGAGAUGCCCGCCGACGCGUACAAGAUGGACAAGAUCAAGGCCGAGAUGCAGAAUGGCGUGCUCUGGGUCACCCUGCUCAAGGUCAAGGAGGAGGAGCGCAAGGACGUCUUCCACGUCAAGGUCGAGUAGGUAGUGCUCGUGGAGGAUGGCCGGCGCGAGAGUGUGAGAGACGCCUUGUUGAUGUGGUCAUGUUUGGUGUGUGUCUUCCUUGUUUUGCUUCGUUGAUCGUCUUGCAUCGAGUAGGUGAAGUUGGCCGCGAGUUUGGCAUAUGAUGAAGUUGCUUUGGUGGUGAAAUUGGUCAUGCAAUUCUGUUGAUUUCCUCAAAUUUGUGAACUGAUUUGGUGCUGAAAAUCGUCAUGAAACCUUGCUGA